AAAAGUGAGGAUGGUCUGUUGCGAUCGCUUCGAAGGCCAGUCAACAUGGAAGAUUUACGAGUAAUUAAAGAUCUUCUUUCGAUUCCAGGUAAUAACCUGCGUCACAGACGCUACACUCCCCCCGCACUCCCCACGGGUAAGUUUCCGUCUGCAACGGAGGCUACUAGGUACACGUUCUCCCCCCUGGGGGAAGGGUACACCCAUAUGUAAGCUAUAAGGGUAUGUGCCGGGCAGGUGUGUGCCUGGUGUCGAGCAGAUUUCUGCAUCUGCAGGCAUAAUAUACAGCGGCGAUUUUCGAGGUCACCCUCAUACAUGAAGUACCUACUGAAAAUCUAGGAAAUUCAACAUGGCGGACAACAUGGCUGAAGAAGAAGUGGAUCCUACCGAAACAGAAGAGAAAAUCGAGUACCCACUGGAAGUACAAUACUGUGGAGUGUGUAGUUUACCACUGGAGUACUGUGAGUACACUUCAGAGUAUGAAAAAUGUAAGGAAUGGUUAAAAUCAAAUUUGCCUGAUGUUUAUGAAAGUCUCAUUAAUCAUGCUUCAGAACUACUGGCUGAUGUGGAUAUAAGUGAAGGUGCAACAAAAAAGAAGCAAACAAGAGGUGGCAAAGGUGUUGUUAGAGUUCCUAAGAAAAAGAAUGUGACCAAAAAAGUCUUACUUUCAAGAGCACAGAGAAAUAAAAAGAAAUAUGUGACUGUUGUCACUGGACUGGGAACAUUUGACAUUGACUUGAAAAAGGCUGCCAAGUUAUUUGCGCAGAAAUACUCGUGUGGCUCGUCAUUGACAGGGCCAGAUGAAAUUGUAAUUCAGGGAGAUGUCCUAGACGAUUUACUGGAGUUUAUUCCUGAAAAGUGGCCAGAGAUUGAUGAAGAUAGUAUAGACGACCUUGGAGAUCAGAAGAGAUGAUAAAAGUCGUGUUAAAUUCCUUUGUAUAAUGUAAAAAUAAACAUAAUAAAUUCUUAAUCUUAAGCUCUCUAA